AUGUGGGCAGUGGCCUUUGGAGUGGCUGGGGUAUCUGGUGGAGUGUGCGGCUGUGAAGUGAUGUGGAGCAGCCCCGCUCCUCUGCCUCAACCCCUUAGAGGUGGGCUUAAGCAGCCCAGCAGAGUCAGCUUUAUCUGCAAUUCUGGCCCUGAAAGACUCACCUCAGCCAAUUCAGGGCUGAGCCUUCGUUGGGGCUCUGGGCUCUUCUUGGGGCGCCUCUGUCUGCCGCUUCCGUCCCACCCUACCCGCCUUCCUGUCCCCGCAGCGCAUUUCUUGGAAAUGAUGAAGGAUGAGUGUCGUUUCUCCAACGGGACGGAGCGGGUGCGGUUCCUGGAGAGACACUUUCAUAACGGAGUGGAGUAAGCGCGCUUCGACAGCGACGUGGGCGAGUACCGGCCGGUGACGGAGCUGGGGCGGCCGGUCGCCGAAUCCUGGAACUCACAGAAGGACCUUCUGGAGCAGAGGCGGGCCUAUGUGGACAGGCUCUGCAGACACAACUAUGGGGUCUCAGAGAGCUUCAUCGUGCACAGGAGAGUUCAGCCCAUGGUGACUAAAGUGUUUCCUACAAAGACUCAGCCUCUGCACCACCACUACCUCCUGGUCUGCUCUGUGAAUGGUUUCUACCCAGGUCACAUUGAAGUCAGGUGGUUCCGGAAUGGCCAGGAGCAUGAGGCCGGAGUGAUCUCCACAGGACUCAUCCGGAAUGGAGACUGGACCUUCCAGAUAAUGGUGAUGCUUGAAACAGUUCCUGAGAGUGGAGAUGUCUACAGGUGCCAAGUGGAGCACCCAAGCCUGUCAAAGCCCAUGUCAGAGGAAUGGGGGGCACAGAGUGACUCUGCACAGAGCAAAAUGCUGAGUGGAAUUGGGGGCUUUGUUUUGGGCCUAGUCUUCCUUGGAGUAGGCCUGUUUAUCAACUACAGAAAUCAGAAAGGAAACUCGGGACUUCAGCCCACAGGUAACAUUUUACUUGUGUCUUAG